ACAACAAGCUUUUGAUGGUUUGUGUCACUUAGAGUGUUACGGUUUAUAAGUUUGCCUAACAAGAGAAAGAUCCCUGGCUCGAUCACAGGAGGAGACACAAAUCCCUUUGGGGUAGUGUCAGGAAGGGCAUUCGCUGUAAAAAUCUACCAAAAUCAAACAUGCAGACCUCCCCGCUGUGACGACCGCUUGUGAAAAAGGAGGAAGCUGAAAGCGGCUUUUAGAGUUGUUUAAAUUCUGCUCAUUAGACUAGAUAAUGAAAUACACAUCAGAUGCUUUAAUACAUCUCAUGAUCAAGUGAAGUUAUAAGUGGUCUUUUCCUAAGUUACAUGUUUUAUGAGACAACAUGGUUUUUGAAGCUGUGGAGAGAACCCGGUUUAUUUAAAAAGAGGAGAUCUUACACGCAGAGCUGACAGUCGGGUGGAGGAAACAGGGCUGCAGAAGGGCAGGUGAUGAACUGUGACGUUCAGCACAGUAGAAACUCCACAGUUUCUGUUCUCUUCUUCUCACUUGUCCCAAGGGUCAGUCCCGCUCCCUUACCAUCUAUUCUGGUUUCAACACACAUCCGCUGGUUGGGCAAGAAAACUUAGGCACCCCCCACACAACACUGAAAACACAUAAACAAACUCUUCCAUGCCAGAGUUUGUACAGGGCUGUGAAAAAGUAUUUGGCCCCUACCUUAUUUUUUGUGUGUUUCUGCUUGGUUAUAUUUACAUGUUUCAGGUCAACAAACAAAUUUUAAGAUUAUUAAAUACAAAAUGAUGUUUUGAAAUGAUUAUUUCCCUUGUUAAGACUGCCUGCUCAACCAUUUGGUUUAGCAUAUUUUGAGAGACUAUAUAUAAUGAACUGGAGUACUUAGCUUAACUCAACCUUAUUGAGCCAUCUCUACCACUUGGUUGAGUUAUGUUAUCCUAAAAAAAAAACACUAGAUGGCACUGUGUCAGGAUAUGGCAGGCCUCAUCUACAACCCUCCAACCAGGAAAUCAGAAAGCAAAAAAUCACUCUGGACACAUGGACUGUUUUGGCUAAAAAUUUUAAAGAUGGAUUGCAAAUCCUUUUAUGGAGCAAGACAACGCACCUACCUGGCCCUUGUACCUGAAAAUUCUCAGGACUCCGAUGGUGAACUGAGUGAUGAUGACCCCAAUAGAGGAUCCAGAUUUUCAACCCAAUUUUGCAGAUGAUAGUGAUGAAAGCUGCUUUGAUGUUUCCCUGGAUGAAGAUGCUCCUUCAACAAGUAGAUCUAAUAAACUUUUUGACAACACUUUGCCAAACCAUAACACAGCCAAGGCUUUCUGUUGUGUUCUGUGACAACUAUUUUACCAGUUUUAAACUGGUCCAGCACCUAGACACCUCAUUGGGUGUCAAGUGCAUUGGCACUGUUCGACCAAAUCGCACAGGUGGAGCCACUUUGAUGACAGACAAAGAGCUGAUGAAGAGAGGGCGUGGAGCUUUUGACUACAGGUCUGCUGAAGGUGUGAUCGCAGUUAAAUGGUUUGACAACAAAUGUGUGAACCUGCUAAGUAAUGCUUCUGGGAUCAUGCCACUUUCAACUGUCAAACACUGGAGCAAAGAGUCCAAGGCGAAAGUUAUGAUCCCAUGCCCAUCACUCAUCCCUGCAUACAAUGAGCAUAUGGGAGGGAUAAAUCUCUCUGACAUGCUGGUACACCUGUACAAGACCCCAGCCAAGUCUACAAGAUGGUACCUGCCACUCUUUGGUUACAUGCUUGAUCUGUCCAUUGCAAAUUCCUGGCUAGUCUACAAGAGGGAAUGUGGACAACUAAACCAGAAACCAAUCACACUCAAAAGAUUCCGCCUGGCAGUUGCGCAUAGCUUGAAACAAGUCAACAAGCCAGCAUCCAAAGUUGGCCGACCAUCAUCCAGCUCUCCACCACCACCAAAGAAACGAUACACCCCAAGACCCUCACAACCACAGCCAGAUGUGCGAUAUGACUGCUUUGGGCAUUGGCCACUUCACUGUGACAAGCGAGGCCGAUGCAAUUACUGUCCAACGGGCGUCUCAAGAUGGAAAUGCCAAAAAUGCAAUGUUUUCUUGUGCUUGAAUGCCAGUCAGGAAUGCUUUGCAGUGUACCACCAGAAGAUCUAAUCAU